UCCAGACAGAGAUGAAAGUAAGCACAAGAACAAAACGAGCUGUCGACCAUGGCGCCCUCCGCGGAGAGCAUUGAAAUGGUUGUUGAAGGAUAUACUUCAACAGACAAAAAUUACUCCAUAAUUUCCCUAUAUACCUUUUUGGAAAAAAGGAUUUCCGAAGAGCAGCUUCAAAAUAUUCAGAGUGAACUCGAGGCUGUGCUACAGCGAUACGAUGCGCGAGGUACAGUGCUGGUAGCUUGCGAAGGAAUCAAUGGUACCAUCAGCGUCCCGCAUUGUUACCAACGAGACGUUUUAUUGGAACUCGACAAUCAUUUUCCAACUCUCCGAAGACGGUUGUCCUAUCACGACGAACACGUUUUCUUUCGGUUGCGCGUCCGCGUCAAACCCGAGAUCGUCACGAUGGGCUCACUUCCCUCCGACAUGAUUUUGGAUGUAGCAAAUGAUGUUGGCGCAUACGUCCCACCUGGACCGGAAUGGGAUGCCCUUCUACUAGAUCCCGAGUGUGCGGUGAUCGAUACCCGCAACGAUUACGAAAUCAAAAUUGGUACAUUUCACAACGCCAUCAAUCCUCAUACAAAUUCUUUUACGGAGUUUCCAGCGCAGCUGAAAAUCAUUAUCCAGGAGAGAAAACCCAAAAAGAUAGCGAUGUUUUGUACGGGUGGAAUCCGGUGCGAAAAGGCAACAUCUUAUGCCUUGCAACUUAUUGCAACGGAUCCAGAUAUUCCCAAUAUUCCCGUGUACCAUCUUGAGGGAGGUAUCUUGGCAUAUCUGCAAAUCGUGCCACCUCUCCAUUCCUCUUUUCGAGGCGAGUGCUAUGUAUUCGACCGACGGACCGCCCUCUCUCACGGACUGAAUCCAUCUAGCUGCUACCAGACUUGCCACGUUUGUCGACAUCCCUUGACGACGGAGGAUCGUGCUGGUGUCACUUUUCAGGAGGGAAUCUCUUGUAUGUAUUGUGCAGGUGACUCUUCGCGCAACCGAGACCGUCAUGCUGAGCGUCAGCGUCAGUUGGACCUUUCAAAAGAUAAGAUGCAUCUUCAGCAGCAACGCGGUAGACCCCGCAGCAAGAACGAAUCCAUCACAGUCUAAAGACGUAAGGAAAACAGGACGCAGUAAACAUAUAGACUGCAUACUAUAAAUCAUUACCGUUUGUCCAUUACAAUUCGCGGGUUCCUGUCACUCCCGAUAUACCUUGUGGCAGGUUACGCGAAAGCCGAUCACGAAUUUCCUGGGCCGGAAAGGCGCUAAAUCGUGAGGCCGAGCUCUGAAAAGCUUUACCGUCCACAUCCGUGCCAGUCCAAACCACAUAAAGUAUGAUAUCACAUUCGGUACCUGAGUUUCCCACGAUAGUGUUGCAUGUUUCCUCCGGGACGAAACAACCUCCGGUCGGCUGCCCGGACGUCGCCCGGGUCUGCGGAAUUCCAUUGAAAUCAAAAGUUAUCUCGUCACACUCGCCGCCACCGCAAAACACGCAAGCAUCGUCCCAUGCAAUACCAGUCACACGUCCCGCGUCGACAUUAAUAAUUGCCGUCAAAAAGGGAUAGAUGCGCGUCAUUUGACGAUCGUAGUAGACGCGCAAAAAUGACAGGGCGUUUUGAGAGACGACACCUAGAGUUAUGUUGGCUUCGUCAAAAAUAGAGUCAUCCGAAAAUGGAACGAGAUUCUGGUACGCUGAUAAGGCCAAUAAGAAAGUUCCGUUAGGUAAGUUGUUUCGAUCACUGGAAGCACAAUAUUCUUAGCCUUCCAACUAGCUUCCGGAUGACUCGUCAAGUUACCUACAGUUUGGCACGUGAAAGCGUGAAUACUUAUCUGCUUCGGGAGAAAAUACGACACGUGUGUACUGAACUCCUGCAGU